AUGCCGUCCAGAGGCCCCUCUGGGAUCUACGCCCGACCCGAGCAAAAGGGAGUGAAGAGCUCACCGACCACCUCUGUUCCAUACGAGCACUAUAUCUAUGAGCCCAACACUUAUAUCGCCAUAGACCAUCCGGACUUCGUCUACAGGCCAGCCAAACUUGUUGAGCACACCGAAGACGGCGAACUCGCCCUCGAAGCGCCGCUCGACGACUUCUUCGCGACGUACGAGACCUUCACGUACAACGCGUACGCGUCCGUGACCGACGAAUUCAAUCGUUUACUGUUGGAGUGUCUUCACUGGGACGUUCAUGCAGAGCACAGCGACUACGAGAUCAGACACCGGCAGGACGUACGGAAAGCCACCAAGAAGUUCAACAAAGCCCUAUUUGAACACUUCCGGCUCAUCUUUGGCGUGGAGUAUAACAGCUUUCGAGCUUGGCAGGUUCUGUUUAAGGUAUUGGGUGCAAACCCUCUACCAGAGACGGAGGACGCCUGUCGUAUGAUCAUCCAGGACGUAUACGUGAACAUGAUCGACGUUCUAGAUGCUGUGCGCAUCAAUAGGCUCGGCGUGGACUACAGGGUUCCACUCUUCAAAACUGAGCGCGCACUUAGCGAGUAUUCCCUAGAACUCCACCGUAUCUUCCCCCUCUGGGCUGCGGAGAGAAGCGGACUGCUCAAGGUGCUCCUGAGAAGAAUCCUGGACCCGUCUGAGCCCACUGGAGAAGAAGAGAUACAUCCAUCUUUCGAAGUCCAGCGUCGGAAGCUGUUGAAUAGGUUAGCGGCUAAACGUGUGAGGAGACACAAUGCCAGGAGUUUGGAAGUCGCUCUUGCAGUGGAAGCACUUGCGCGUCUUGAACUUUAG